CGGAUGGUGGUGCAUGAGGUUGCAGAAAGUUUGGGCUGGCACCAGGAGACGGUGAACGUACCAGUUUCCAAGGGCAAGGGCAAGGGCAAACGUGGCAAAGGCAAGGGGAAAGGAAAGGAUGGCAAGGGGCGGAUCCCUCGGCAGGUGACUGUGACCCACAAGCCAUCAGCGAGGCCAAAGCCCGACUGGAGCAAGGAGGUUGAGACAGAGCUCGAGAGGAUGAUCCUGGACCCGUCCUUGCAGGAGUGCCCUUUCCCGUGGAGUGAACAGCAUUGUCAAGAAGGGGAGCGCAAGCGAAGGGCAGUCCGGGACGUGGUGACGAGAUUCCCAGAUCUGCUUGCAAAAGAUGAGCGCGAGGGCAGCAAGCUCCGAGUGGUCGUGCGACGGGCGGAGGCACCUGCCUCCCGGAGCUCCGAGAGCGCUUUGCCGAACGACCGGAUUGACUGCGCCUUCGGUGCAUCCGCGAAUGUUCAUCUGCGAAUCUAUGCUGGAUCAGGACUUGAAGCCAGAGUUUGGACGUGGUCCUUCACUGAGGCAUGCACGUGGUACGACAACAGCUUGAUGUCUUCAUGA